UGCCGGGGAUGGACACAUAGGAUAACAUGCCGGAGAUGGACACAUAGGAUAACAUGCCGGAGAUGGACACAUAGGAUAACAUGCCGGGGAUGGACACAUAGGAUAACAUGCCGGGGAUGGACACACAGGAUAACAUGCCGGGGAUGGACACAUAGGAUAACAUGCCGGGGAUGGACACAUAGGAUAACAUGCCGGGGAUGGACACAUAGGAUAACAUGCCGGGGAUGGACACAUAGGAUAACAUGCCGGGGAUGGACACAUAGGAUAACAUGCCGGGGAUGGACACAUAGGAUAACAUGCAGGGGAUGGAGACAUAGGAUAACAUGUCAGGGAUGGACACAUAGGAUAACAUGUCGGGGAUGGACACAUAGGAUAACACGCCGGGGA